AUGGUAAUCUCUCAAAAUGGCGGCGGGGUUAGCACGGCCCAUGUCAACAUGAUGACAGACACCAUCAUCGCUAACCUCCCCGCUGACGGUCUUCGCGUGGUCGUUAGGUCACUUCUCGUCCUAUUUCCGGAAGUUACGCGCGCAUUUGAACAUGAGACGAAAAAAUACAUCACCCAGAGAGUUGCGUCUUCAUUAAUACCAGAAGAUGCAACUCCUAGUCUCGUGGACCUUGGACAGACGCAGCAGAUUGCCCGCAGUAUGCUGGGCUGCGGACUUUCCUUCGAAAGCCUUCAGGUGUUCCAAAAUUUGGUCAAUCGAGGAACCACUGUCUUGUUAAGGACGAACAACAACGAUCUCUUUAAUGUGCAAACAUUUCUUACCAGUGUGGACGGUGAUAUCGUACAAGCCAUGACCGCUGUUCAGAAAUCUCUCUUUGUAGACACUGGCGCCCGAGCGAUGAAUGAUGGAGAGCAUAACAUGGUGAAGGAUCUCUAUCAGUCAUUUAUGGACUGCUAUGACACGAUAAAGAUGAAAAUACAAGAUUUCCCCUUUGAAAGAAGCCUAGUCUCAACGGCUGGGAUUCUCGGCUUAUCCCGACCUGCUCUUCCAGGUGCGAACCAGGAUCUUUGCAAUCAAAUUGCUAUAGCAGAACCUCCUCCACAGGCCCGAGAAACAUUUCAGUUGAAUAGACGCAUAGUGCCUCGAAUAUUUUCAGGACUUUGGCAAAUGUCGAGUCCUGCUUGGGGCGCUGCAUCCACGGUUAAGAUCGUAGAACAGUUCUCAAAACAUGUACAACAAGGCUUUACGGCAUUCGACAUGGCUGAUCACUAUGGAGAUGCUGAAAUUGUAUUUGGCCGCUUUUCAUCUCUGUAUCCUCAUAAAGACGCAAUAUUCACAGCAACGAAAUACUGCGUUUUCCAUCCAAUGGCUGUAUCUCGCGAAGCCGUGCAAGCAAAUGUCAGUGAGAGAUGCCGACGGUUACAAACAGAGAAGAUUGAUCUACUGCAAUUCCACUGGCAGUUUUAUGAAAACGCUGACUACCUAAAGGCUCUCCAAUUCUUAACUGAAGAUAGUAGGGUCGAAAUAGUUGGUCUAUGCAAUUUCGAUACAGAGCAUCUUCUUAAGGUAGUUGAGAGUGGCGUCAGAAUACACACCAACCAGGUUCAGUUUUCUCUUAUUGACUCGCGACCUGUCUUCGGAAUGGGGAGCGCUUGUGAGAAACACAAUAUCAAGCUCUUGACAUAUGGUACACUGUGUGGUGGUUUUCUCGCCGAUAAAUGGCUCGGAAAGGCGGAGCCAGAUAUAUAUGACGGAUCGAUCACACCUAGCCAGAGAAAAUAUUUCGAGAUGAUUCGCAGUUGGGGCGGCUGGCGUCUUUUCCAAGAGCUUCUUACUGCAUUGAGAAUCGUUGCUACAAAGCAUCAGGUCGACAUAUCCAAUGUCGCGACACGCUGGGUAUUAGAUUUUCCCUACGUAGGCGCGGUUAUCGUCGGUGCACGCAUGGGCAUUAGCGAACAUACAGACGAAAAUUUGCGAAGCUUUGGAUGGUAUCUUGAUUCCUCAGACCAUGAUAUGCUGGAAGCUAUUCUAAAGAGAAGUAGAAGGUUGGAUAUUUAUAAGAGUAUAGGUGAUUGCGGAACGGAAUAUCGAUGA